ACUGUCAAUUCAACUGCUACGAAGCAGUAACCACGGUAAAACAAAAAAUAUCUGUAAGGUCAAGAUUUCAUUUGACAAGCGAAACCGCAAAUCCCACAUAAAAGGAUAAAAAUAAAGUGCUAACUAACUAAAAUCAAACAAAUAAAUAUGUCUUCAAGCAAUGCGAACGCUAUUAUUCAUCCAUAUGGAUUGCAGUUGGAAUCAUCAUCUGUAACAGAUAUGGUCAAUCAAAUUGGUGCUACACAUGACUAUCCAGCCGGAAUCCGUCGUCUGGACUCAGCUGCUCCAAGCCGUUCUGUAAAUUCAAGUGCCAAAAAAUUACAAAAUACAAACAAGAAGAUUUCAUUAUCACCACAAAGACGUACUAAUCAUAGCUACCUAGAUAGCGAUGGCUUGCAGAACCUAGAACCAGCUAGCAUUAUACAUCCAGAAGACACGUUAGAAUAUUUUAUUAAGUUUCCGACAACGAACUAUAAAAAUGGAAUAGAUUUGCCUGAUUCGGAUUAUGUUUUCGUUUAUAAAGAAAGUAAUGUUCCUAUAGUUAUGUUGUUGGGUUGGGCAGGUUGCCAGGACCGUUAUCUUAUGAAAUAUUCUAAAAUCUAUGAGGAUCGUGGUUUAAUAACGGUGCGCUAUACUGCACCAGUUGAUACACUUUUCUGGAACCGUACAGCAAUGGUACCAAUCGGUGAAAAAAUUUUAAAGCUGAUUUACGAUAUGAAUUUUGAUGGUCAUCCCGUCAUAUUUCAUAUAUUUUCCAAUGGUGGUGCAUAUUUAUAUCAACAUAUAUCACUCGCUAUUCGUAAGCAUAAGACACCUAUUCAAAUACGUGGGAUGAUAUUCGAUUCAGCACCUGGCGAACGCCGUAUGUUAGGACUUUACCGUGCUGUUCAGGCAAUUUAUGGCAAAGAAAAACGCAAAUGUUAUGGCUUUACAGCAUUCUUGAUUACCAUGACAUUGAGUAUUAUAUGGUUCGUUGAGGAAACUUUUGCUGCUUUUAAAAGUUUAUUUGUCAAAGUAGAACCAACGCAAACGAAUCCUUUCUGUGGUCUAAAGAAUGAAACUAAUACGUUUCCGCAAAUGUUCUUGUAUUCAAAAGGAGAUGUGGUCAUACCCUAUCAGGAUGUUGAGAAUUUUAUAAAGAUACGUGAGCAACAAGGUGUACAAGUCUCUUCGGUGUGCUUUGAAGAUGCUGAACAUGUGAAGAUUUACACAAAGUAUCCUUCUGAGUAUAUACGCUGCAUAUGCACUUUCAUUAAUAAUUGCCUGUCGAUGCCGUUCAAGGGAUCGGACUCUUAUGCUACCACAACACCUUCUUCUGUAGCCUCAUCCAACGAAAAAUAUGAUUAAGAGGUGAUAGCUAUUAGCUUUAAUUUACAAUUAUCUUUAUUCUGUUCCUUUGUUAUUUGAUACCAAAAGUACGACAUAUAAAAUUGCAAAACAAAAAGCACACAAAGUAUUAGUAAAUUUUUUGUAGAUAUAACAUAUAAUGUGUAAGUUUCUUAAAGAAACUGCUAAUAGUUUAAUAAUUGUGAUAAAAGCUGAACUAACUCGAGAUACAAAUGAGAUACAAAAUUUACUUGCAAAGCAUACCAUAUAAUCUGUAUGUUUCGCUGUUAUUUUACUAUAAUAAAUAAAUGAAUAAAUUAAAAAAAUUCUACAAACGCAAAUCAAAUA